UUGGCAACAAAACAUAAAUAUACUUGUUAUGUAAAUGUUAAUUUUACACAACUUAGAUAGCAUGUUUAGUUAAGUAAUAAAACCAUUAUUUCAAGUCACGUACAAAUGGUAUAUUUAUGUUGCAAACUACCACAAAUGCAUGUUGUUUUAUUCCAAGUGCCUAAACCAGGAGCAAGAAGUGCUCAAAUUCACCAUAAUGUUGUAUAUUUCUAUCUAAGGAGGAUGUUCCCAUGUCCCAGCGCAAACGUUUCACCCGAGUGGAGAUGGCGCGGGUGCUAAUGGAAAGAAACCAGUACAAGGAGCGCCUGAUGGAACUGCAGGAGGCUGUGCGCUGGACGGAGAUGAUCCGGGCCUCGAGAGAACACCCUGAAGUGAUACAGACACAGAAGAAGAAGUCCUCUGUCUGGGGAUUUUUUAAUCACCUCGUUUAUGGUGACCCUGAACCUGCUACUGCAUAUGAACCAACUGAGAAGAAAUCUUCAGUCAUUUAACAUUCCAAGACGGCAGCUUACCUUCUCAUUUUACGAUGCAGCAUUUCAUAUAUUUUUGUACCUUUAAAAAAAAAAGGCACCUGAAACUAGCACCUAGAAUUUUCAAUAUUUUAAGUGUGAUGAGCCAAUCCUUAGGUUGUGAUCUCAUUAGGGUUUGUACAUAGAAGGGAGUCGAUUUUGAUACUCAAAAACCCAUUAGCAUUUUAACUAUAAUGGGACUCUUUAUAGAUAGCAGUCCCUCACUUUAUACAUAACUGGUUCGGUGAAGGGUUGAAAGCUGUUACCAAAUUCACUUCAUGUAGAAAUAUUUACAUGACUGGAAAAAGAUGGUGCUGAUUUCAGAUGGCUUAUCAGUGUCAUUUUAAAUGUUGACUUAUUUUUUACGUCAGGUGCUUUAUGGAAACAUGUUUUCUUUGGAUAUAAUUUCCCUGUUUGUCUUAUAAAAGAUAAUUUUUAAUAGAUUGGAAAUUCAACUAUUUGGCUAAUGUUUUAAAUUAAGCACCAUUUUGUCGUUUUCUGUCACUGCCAUGCAUAUCUCAGGGAAGAAGUGUACAAUUGUGAGAAUUUAAAUCAUUAUUUUGCAGUAUUGAUAUCAAGUGGAACAGGUAAUAUUCGUGAAUCAGGAUGGUUUUCCUUAUUAACUACUCUUAAAAAUCGACCUAAUGAAUUUAAUGAGAUUGAAAUACAACUAUUUGGCUUUACCUAUGAAUUUAAUGAAAAUUUUAGGACGAGACGCGCAAGGAAUUUAUCUUACAUCUAGGAUAUAAUUUCUCUGUGGAAGUUUGCUUUUACUUGAGCUAAGAUGCACAUAUUGUGUUUGUUAUUGAUUUGAAAUUUAUUUUUGUCUAAUUUAAGUACCUGAUAAUGCAUAGGCAGCUUAUUGUGAUCUAUUAAAAUUUCAAUGACAGAAAUUUUGGACUGAUUAAUUGUCAUAAUAUUUAGUACCUGGGGAUCAUAAGGCCACGUGGGAAAUCAAAUGAAAAGCUGAACAAUGAGUCUAAAUUAAUUAAUCAGCAGUUAAACAGCAUGGUGCUUAUUGUUUUGCCAGCUUUUAAUUUGUCUUUUAUUUUUACCCUUUUAUUUGCUCUGCAAAGUUUGAGUUAUUUUAAAUUCAAACGUCUGUAUGUUGUUACUUUGCGUAAAUGCUCUGACACAGCAAAAA